CUUACAAUAGUCACGUGUCCUAGUCGUGGUUAAGAUAAAUUACAAAAUCCAUUGUGUUUUCCUUUUUACCGUACAUAUUACCAUGUGUGCCACAUGAUGCACGCUCCAGUAGUCCUCUAUUUAUGAGACCAACUUUUUUCAACUCAAACAACAGAGCUUCGAUGGCACUCUCCACAAGGUUCCUCCAUCUCCUCUUCCUCCUCUCUCUAUGCUUCAUCACCACAACCGUCAGAUCCGACGAUGAUUGUGUCUACACGGUUUACAUCAGAACCGGUUCAAUCAUAAAGGGAGGAACCGAUUCAAUAAUCGGUCUCAAGCUAUACGACCAGUACGGCUACGGCAUAUACAUAAAAAACUUGGAAGCAUGGGGUGGGUUGAUGGAUCCCGGUUACAACUACUAUGAGAGGGGCAAUUUGGACAUUUUCAGUGGCAGAGGCCCGUGUUUGAACGGGCCUGUUUGCGCUGUUAACUUGACUUCCGAUGGGUCUGGAAACCACCACGGCUGGUACUGCAACUACGUCGAGGUAACUACCACUGGGGCCCACAUACCCUGUGCCCAGCAAGAGUUUACUAUUGAGCAGUGGCUCGCUACCGAUACUUCGCCCUACGAACUAUGGGCCGUGAGGAACUACUGUAAUAGUGAUAUCAGUAAGGCCCGUGUCAGGCCCGCCGGCCCAGAUGGUGGUGAUAAGUUGAGGUCCGGGUUCUCUAUUGUGGACUCUGCAGUGCGUGUGUAGGGAUGGGGUGUGUGUUUUUAACUUGUGUUGUUGUGGUAUGUGGUCAUUUUUCAGAGUGUGUUUUUUAUUUUAUUUUAUUUUUUUUUAGUAGUGUUGGGACCAUGGUUGUGGUGGUGGUGGAAAAAUAGAGAUGGCCAAAUCGGAAUUGAUCGCCAGGUUCAGUAGUCAAAGAACCUGUAUCCAUCUUUGUUAUUAUUUUGUCUGAAUAAAGAUUUGGCAUAACCAAUUACCAA